CGCGCUUGCCUUCUGGUCGCCGCUGCCGGGAAGGGCUGCAUGGUGUCCUGGGGGCCGGUGGGCCCGGCGCGCCGACCGCGUUUCCCCUUUGCCGCCGAUCCCCCAUUUCCGCGGAGCCGGCUGCCCCCGGCUCUUGCGCGACGUUCCCUGGCCCCGCCGCCUGCCGGGGGCGCCGGAGGCCGGAGUCCCGGGCCUGGCCGGGUCUGCGCGCCCUGCCGUGGUGGAUGAGCGGCCCGGGCGGCGGGGCCUGAGCGCGGCCCGGGACCCGCAGGGCCAGCCGCUGGCAGGAUGGACACCCUGGAGGAGGCGACGGGGGCCAACGGGAGCACAGCCCCGCCCCCGCCGGUGGCGCCCAACAUCAGCGUGCCGCACCGCUGUCUGCUGCUGCUGUACGAGGAUAUCGCCACUUCCAGGGUCCGGUACUGGGACCUUCUGCUGCUUGUCCCCAACGUGCUGUUCUUCAUCUUCCUGCUUUGGAAGCUUCCGUUCGCUCGGGCCAAGAUCCGUGUCACCUCCAGCCCCAUUUUUAUCACCUUCUAUAUCCUGGUGUUCAUAGUGGCGCUGGUGGGCAUCGCCCGGGCCGUGGUCUCCAUGACAGUCAGCACCUCGGACGCUGCCACCGUUGCUGAUAAGAUCCUGUGGGAGAUUACCCGCUUCUUCCUGUUGGCCAUCGAGCUGAGUGUGGUCAUCCUGGGCCUUGCCUUUGGCCACCUGGAGAGCAAGUCAAGCAUCAAGCGGGUGCUGGCCAUCACCACGGUGCUGUCCCUGGCCUACUCCGUCACCCAGGGGACGCUAGAGAUCCUGUACCCCGAUGCCCACCUGUCCGCCGAGGACUUCAACAUCUACGGGCACGGCGGCCGCCAGUUCUGGCUGGUCAGCUCCUGCUUCUUCUUCCUGGUCUACUCUCUGGUGGUCGUUCUCCCCAAGACCCCGCUGAAGGAGCGCAUCUCCCUGCCUUCCCGGCGAAGCUUCUACGUGUACGCGGGCAUCCUGGCGCUGCUCAACUUGCUGCAGGGGCUGGGAAGCGCGCUGCUCUGCGCCGACAUCAUCGAGGGGCUCUGCUGUGUCGAUGCCACCACGUUUCUCUACUUCAGCUUCUUUGCGCCCCUCAUCUACGUGGCCUUCCUCCGGGGCUUCUUCGGCUCGGAGCCCAAGAUCCUCUUCUCCUACAAAUGCCAAGUGGACGAGACCGAGGAGCCGGAUGUGCACCUGCCCCAGCCCUACGCGGUGGCCCGGCGGGAGGGGCCCGAGGCGGCGGGGGCCGCCAGUACACAGUUCGACUCGGCCGGCGGCGUGGCCUACCUGGACGACGUGGCCUCCAUGCCCUGCCACACCGGCAGCAUCAACAGCACAGACAGCGAGCGCUGGAAGGCCAUCAAUGCCUGAGUGUGGCCCCAGGGCAGACGGGAGGCAGGGCCAGGGCGUGCAAAGUCCCUGGGGCAGGGGGGCUGUGGCCCCCGAGCAGGCCC